CCGAGACACUAACGUGAUAUAAAAUAGUCGUCUGCAAGCAUAUUUAACUUUCACGAAGACAACAUGGCCAAGGACUUCAAAAACGAUUCAUUUUGGUUGUCAAAAAUGAGACAUCAAUUUUACAUGUGGUUUGAUAGCAAUAGAAAUGGUGUUGUUGAAAAGAAGGACUUUGACUUGAAAUUUCAGGAGUUAGUGCUAGAAACUAAGUGGGUAGAUGGGAGCCCAAUGUGGAAGAGAGCCAACGACAUGAAAAACAACUUGUGGAGUAACUUAAAAAGUGGUGCAGAUAGAAACAAAAACAACCAGAUAAGUCUAACACAAUGGUACAAUUUCUGGGAAGAAUUUGCUGUAAAUUACAAACACGGGGAUGACAUACCUCUUUGGUUCUCUGAGUUCAUUGACAUGCAUUUCUUCAUGGUCGAUAAAAAUGGCGAUGGAUGGAUAGAUGACGAUGAAUUUACUGCAUUUUUCCACGAAUCGCGUUAUUUUCCUCACAUUUCCAAAGACGUGGUUAAGGCCGCAUACAUGAGCAUCACCAUGAAUGGAAAACGAGAGUUUGAUAUCAACAUUUUCCGGGAGAUGAUGAUUGGAUUCACCGUUUCGAUGGAUAUGAAAAGCCCUGGAAAUAUUUUCGGAAAUAUGUUGGUCAAGCAAAUAGGUUGUGAAACUGAAUUCAAACGAACAAAAUACUGGGAAAGGAAAAUCAAAUUUGAGUUUGAUACUUGGCUUGAUCAAGAUAAAAAUGGGAUUGUUGAAAAACGAGAUUUCGACCUACAUGUGAAGCAUAUUCUAUCCCUUGCCAAGUGGACAGAGGGAAGUCCCAUGUGGGUAAGAUGUAAUGACUUGUUUGGUACCCUUUGGAAUGAGAUUAAGUCUUUAGCUGACGCUAACAAAGAUGAUAAGAUAACCAUCGAUGAGUGGCUCAACGCCUUUGAAAAAAUAUGCACGCAACUCAAAGCCAGAACGAUGGAGAUUCCUCCCUGGUAUAGAGACUGGCUGAAUCUAUACUUUGAUGUAUUGGAUAGGCUUGGAAAUUCUGAUGGUUGGGUGUCGAUCGAGGAAUUUAAAACUUAUUUCAGAACAGUUUUGAAGUUUCCAGAUGACUUAACUGAGCAGUGCUACAAUGACAUAACAUACGAUGGACGAAUCGCUAUGGAUCGUGACUUUUGGUCUACAAUGAUAUUACAAUAUUACUUGUCCACUGAUAUGAAUUCUGCCGGGAAUAUUGUUGCCACCAUGUUUCUUGGGAAGGAUGAGAAACAAUAA